CACAAUGCAGCUUCCUGCUGUUAUAUAUUUGAACUGCCCAAUGCGAUAAUACGCGUCGCGUCUCGUCUCUGAAACAACCAAAGCAAAGCCAACAGUGGAAACCCAGAAAGAGCCAGAGAUGAGAACACUUUCGUGUGAUCUUCUUCUGCUCCUCCAUAUUUUUGCUAUCUCUCUCUUAUUUUCACGCUCUUCUCGUGCCUACUCUGACCUUGAACUUCUGUUGAAGCUCAAGUCCUCCAUGAUCGGCCCGUCUGGCUCAGGACUCGAUGACUGGGUUUCAGACUCCCCAUCUUCAUCUCCCACCUCGCAUUGUUUUUUCUCUGGAGUUUCAUGUGACGAGCACUCACGAGUCACCUCUCUCAAAAUCUCUUCUCUCCCUCUGUUCGGAACCAUUCCGCCGGAGAUUGGCCUUUUCACCAGUCUAAUCAAUCUCACUCUCGUCGCCGACAAUCUCACCGGUCAUUUACCGAUUGAGAUGUCGAAAUUAACCGCUAUCAAGUUCAUAAACCUCUCAAGCAACACCUUCAUCGGUGAGUUCCCCGGAGAAGUCGUUGCCACCAUGUCGGAGCUUGAAUCGCUCGACGUGUACAACAACAACUUCACCGGGAAGCUCCCGACGGAGUUUGCGAAGCUGAAGAAACUGAAAACUCUUCAUCUCGGCGGAAACUUCUUUUACGGCGAGAUUCCGGAGGCUUUUACUGAGAUACAGAGCUUGGAGAGCUUAGGGUUACAGGGAAACGAACUUACCGGGACCAUUCCGGCGAGUCUGGCUCGGCUGUCGAAUCUUCAAGAACUCUGUCUCGGUUACUUUAAUCAGUACGAAGGAGGUAUUCCUCAUGAGUUAGGAUUGAUGACAAAUCUCCGACUCCUUGAUCUCGGUGGCUGUAACGUCUCCGGUGAGAUUCCUGCGAGUCUGAGCAAUUUGAAGAUGCUUCACACUCUGUUUCUCCAAUUCAAUCAACUCACAGGUCUCAUUCCUCCAGAACUCGCCGGUUUAGUCAGUCUCAAAUCACUCGAUCUUUCCGUUAAUUUUCUCACCGGAGAAAUUCCGAAGAGCUUCUCUGAAUUGCAGAACCUUACGCUAAUCAAUCUGUUUCGCAACAAUCUUGAGGGUCCAAUCCCUUCGUUCAUCGGAGUCCCGAAUCUCGAGGUCUUGCAGAUUUGGGAGAACAAUUUCACGUUGGAGCUGCCGGCGAACCUUGGCCGUAAUGGAAAGCUGUUGAGGCUUGACGUGGCGACGAAUCACCUCACCGGAACGAUUCCUCGCGAUUUGUGCGAAGGAGGGAGAUUAGAGACGUUAAUUUUGAUGGAGAACUACUUCGUCGGCCCGAUUCCUGAAGAACUCGGUGAGUGCAAAUCACUGAAUCGUGUACGCCUCGUGAAGAACUUCUUCAGUGGAACCAUACCAGCCGGUUUCUUCAACAUGCCAUUUUUGGAGAUGCUCGAGCUCAGCGACAACUUGUUCACCGGCGAACUUCCUUCGGAGAUUUCAGGCAAGGCACUCAGUAUAGUCUCCGUUUCUGUCAACAAAUUCACCGGGAAAGUUCCGCCGGCGGUCGGGAAUCUGGUUAAUUUGGUGAAUCUGGCUCUCGACGAGAACCAAUUUUCCGGUGAAAUUCCGGAGCAAAUCUUCAAUUUGAAGAAUCUUACGUCGAUCAAUCUUAGCGGCAACAACAUCAGCGGCGAAAUUCCGUCUUCGAUAACUGACUGUAAGUCCCUAACUUCGAUUGAUUUCAGCCAGAACGAUUUGUACGGUGAAAUUCCUGUAAAGCUUACGAAGUUAAUCAACUUGGGGAUACUCAAUCUAUCGAGAAAUCAUCUGACCGGUCCAAUACCUGUUGAAAUGGCUUCAAUGGCGAGCUUAACGAAACUAGACCUUUCCUACAACGACCUCUCCGGUAGAAUUCCCACCACCGGCCAGUUUCAAGCCUUCAACUCCAGCUCUUUCGCCGGAAACUCGAAGCUCUGUACAUCACGUAAUCAAUCUUAUUGCCCCAUACUCCAAAAUCCAACUCCAUCUUCAACAAAUCGCCACACGGCGUCGUUUGGGACUGCUAAGCUGAUUAUAGCCGUCAUCGGUGUCGUCACCGUAGUGCUGUGUUUGGUGGUUACUUUUGUGCGAAUCAGACAGAAGAGACUAGUGAAAUCAAGAGCCUGGAGGCUGACCACAUUCCAGAGGCUCGAUUUCAGAGCUGAGGACGUUCUGGAGUGCUUAAAAGAAGAGAACAUUAUCGGCAAAGGUGGUGCUGGGAUCGUUUACCGCGGGUCCAUGCCGGAUGGUCUCGACGUGGCGAUAAAGCGGUUAAUCGGGCGUGGUUCUGGCCGGAGCGAUCACGGAUUUUCCGCCGAAAUACAGACCUUAGGGAGGAUCCGGCACCGGAAUAUCGUGAGGCUGUUGGGGUACGUGUCGAACAAGGACACGAACUUGUUGCUGUACGAGUACAUGAGGAACGGGAGCUUGGGGGAGAUAUUGCAUGGGUGUAAAGGAGCUCAUUUACAGUGGGAGGCGAGGUAUAGGAUCGCGGUUGAGGCGGCCAAGGGGUUGUCUUAUCUUCACCAUGAUUGUUCGCCUCUCAUCAUUCACAGGGAUGUGAAGUCGAAUAACAUAUUGCUUGAUUCGGACUAUGAAGCUCAUGUUGCUGAUUUUGGGCUCGCCAAGUUCUUGGAGAAUGCUGGAGCGUCCGAGUGCAUGUCAUCUAUUGCUGGUUCUUACGGUUACAUUGCUCCAGAGUACGCCUACACACUGAAAGUCGACGAGAAAAGCGAUGUAUACAGUUUCGGCGUGGUACUUUUGGAGCUGAUCACCGGCCGGAAGCCAGUGGGCGAGUUCGGAGAAGGGGUGGACAUAGUGAGGUGGGUCAAGAAGACGAUAUCAGAGCUCACUCAGCCAUCUGAUACAGCUUCGGUGCUUGCAGUCGUCGAUCAAAGACUCAAUGGGUACCCACUUCCGAGUGUCAUCAACCUGUUUAAGAUUGCCAUGAUGUGCGUCGAAGAAGAGAGUGUUGCGAGGCCUACGAUGAGGGAAGUUGUGCACAUGCUUACCAAUCCUCCCCAGUCUGCUCCUAACCUCGGUACCCUUUAGACUCUUCACAUUUGAUUUUGGUGUGAAUAAUGCUAAUCUGGAUUUGUAAUAACUUUGACUGCAAAGACAAAUGGUUAGAUUUUGCAGCCAGUAAUGUUUGGGCUGUUUUGUUGCUUUAUUUCGAUGUUUUGUUUAGCUCUGCUGUGUUUUGCCCCUUGAAUUGUACAUAUUCUAAUGCAAUUAAAUUUAUGAUGUC